AUGAAAUGAGGGGGAUGGGUAAAACAAUUAUUUAGAUAUGUAUAUAUUUAUAUGUUAACAUUAUUUUAUUGGUUAUUUUAUAUUUAUUUAAGUAUAUAUUUGUCUUUAGUCUCUGGUGGAAGUAUAGCUGGUAGGGCUGUGUUUUAUAUUUUAUAUGUUUUGUAUGGAGAAAUAUGUGCAAUAGCAUCUUUUGUUUCAAAUGAAAAUGAAUACAAAAAUUACCGCUCCCAACACCCGGGACCUCUCUCAGAGAGGUCCUUCAAAAAAUGGAAAGAUCAUGGUGGAAUGGAUAAACCCUCCUUUAAAUGGAGGGCUCAUCCAUACCGGGGUGUUGGGAAACACCGAAGAAAAAACAGUAUCCAAAAGGUUGUAAAUGUCUUUUAUCAGUAGAGUUAUUUACUUUUUAGUUGCUGC